AUGGACAUAGGCUCCCGACCCAGGCUGAAAUCAAGGAAUAAGAUUAAAUUUGAAGGGGCGGAACAGUAUCCCCAUGUCCUUCAGUUUUAUUCUUGUCCACCUAUAGAAACUAUUUCGUUGCAGGAAUUUGAAGAAUUCGCAGUAGAGCGAUUGAAAGUUUUAAAGGCAUGUGAAAGUGCUGGUAUUAAACAUAUAAGAGGUACUGAAGCUUACACUGAAUUGAUGAUUAAAGAAAUCAGAAAAACUAAAUUCAAAGGAAAAGAAAAUGUAACACAAGAAGAUAUAUAUUGUAGAAGAAUAGAUCAUAUUUCACACUUUAUAUUGCGUCUUGCAUAUUGUAGAUCAGAAGAAUUAAGAAGAUGGUUUUUACAGCAAGAACUUGAUUUGUUUAGAUUCCGUUUUCAAAAUGAAAGCAUACAUGGUAGUGAAGAAUUUUUGAAGCUGAAUAAUUUAGAUUAUUCACCUAUUCCAAGAGAAGAGAAAGAAAAAAUAAGUGGAGAAUUGGCCCAUUCAAUAUGUUCUGGUCAAGUUUCCACAUUAGAUUUUUUUAAGGUUUAUUUCACAGAUGCAUUGGAUCUAGUUAAGUCAAGAAAAGUAUUUUUAAAAGAUGGAUAUGCCUAUGUUGUCCGUGAAGAUUUGAUUUCCAUAUUAUUAUCUGUAUAUAGAGCUAAAUUAAGUAGAGCCUUAUCACAAACAGCAAGAGCUUUACCCCAUCUAGAAGAAGAUGAUAGAUUAUUACCUAUGUUAUGUGGAUUGAGUAAGAGAUAUUUAGGACAAGAUUAUACUAAUAAAAAACCAGCAGCAGGUCAAAUAACAGCUGAUAUGAUAGAUACUCUUUCUAAAAAAUCAUUUCCAUUAUGUAUGCAACAUUUACAUCAAACUUUGAAACGUGAACAUCAUUUAAAACAUGGUGGAAGAAUGCAAUAUGGACUAUUUCUAAAAGGUAUUGGUGUAUCAUUAGAGGAAGCUAUGAAAUUCUGGAAAAGUGAAUUUAUGAAGUUGAUAGAUGGAGAUAAGUUUGAUAAACAAUAUUCAUAUAACAUUCGCCAUAAUUAUGGAAAAGAAGGUAAAAGGGCUGAUUAUACACCAUACAGUUGUAUGAAGAUUAUAAUGUCUAAUGCACCAGGCCCUGGGGAUACUCAUGGUUGCCCGUUCAGACAUUUUGAUCCUGAAUUGUUGAAACAGAAAUUAAAAUCUAAUGGUUUGGGUAAAGAUGCUCUUGAAGAGGUAAUAGCUACAACUAAAAAAGGUCAUUAUCAAGUAGCUUGUUCUAAAUAUUUUGAAUAUAUUCAUGGUGGAAUAGCCCUAGAUUCCGAUAUACAGACUUUUCAACAUCCCAAUCAGUAUUUUGAGGAAAGUCAAAAAAGAGUCAGUGGAGAAAAGGGUAAGAAACUCUUCCGAUCUAAUAAUACUCUUCAUUGUUGUAAUAUUUCCCUAGUAUGA